AUGGCCCCAGAGGUGGCCAUUGUCACUGGCGCCUCCCGUGGCAUUGGUGCUGCGAUUGCUGGGGCCACCGUGGUGGGAACAGCCACUUCAGAUUCAGGGGCAGAGGCGAUCUCCGCUCGUAUGGGUGAGCAGUGGGGGCAGGGCAUGAAGUUGGAUGUCACCGAUUCCAAGAACGUGGAGGAAGUUGUGAAGGCGGUGACAGAGAAGUAUGGUGCCCCUGACAUCUUGGUGAACAAUGCAGGCAUCACCAAGGACACGCUGAUGAUGCGAAUGAAGGAGGAUCAGUGGUUGGACGUGAUCAACACCAACCUCAACUCUGUCUUCCGCAUGACCAAAGCAGCCACAAAGGGCAUGACCAAGAAGCGCUGGGGCCGAGUGAUUAGCAUCUCGUCGGUAGUUGGCUCCAUGGGGAAUGUGGGCCAGUCCAACUAUGCUGCCGCCAAGGCUGGUAUGGAUGGCUGGACUCGCGCCAUGGCGCGGGAGAUUGGCAGUCGAGGGAUCACGGUGAAUUCCGUCGCGCCGGGCUUCAUCGACACUGACAUGACGGCCGAUCUCCCCGAUGACUGGAAGGAGAAGCUCUUGGAAAACGUGCCCGCCAAACGCUUGGGCCAGCCCAGCGAGGUGGCUGAAGCA